GUCUGGCUUCCGGUUAUAGGCUGAAGUUGACACACAAUGAAGAGCUGGGAACAACCUCGCGAAACGCUGCUGUAAAUAAAUAGAACAAUCACUGAAGCCAGAGAAUCAUGGAGAAUCAGUGCACCGUGCAGGUGAAGCUGGAGCUUGGUCACCGAGCCCUCCUCAGGAAGAAGGUGACCUCGGAGGGGUUCACCCACGACUGGAUGGUGUUCGUCCGGGGGCCCGAGACGGGAGACAUCCAGCACUUCGUGGAGAAGGUGGUCUUCAGGCUCCACGAAAGCUUCCCCAAACCCAAGAGAGUUUGCAAGGAGCCACCUUACAAAGUCGAGGAGUCGGGCUACGCCGGGUUCCUCAUGCCUAUCGAGGUCUACUUCAAAAACAAGGAGGAGCCAAAGAAGGUCUGCUUCAACUACGACCUCUUCCUGAACCUGGAGGGCAACCCGCCGGUCAACCACCUGCGCUGCGAGAAGCUCACCUUCAACAACCCCACCCGGGAGUUCAGGAGGAAGCUGGUCAAGGCCGGAGGGGUGAUGGUGGUCCCAGAGGGGGCGGAAGCCGUCUCCAGGCCCAGCCCAGACUACCCCAUCCUCCCCACCAUCCCCCUCUCCGCCUUCUCAGACCCCAAGAAGGCCAAGACCUCCUCCCAUGGAUCCAAGCAGGAGCCCAGUAAGGAGGGCAGCGGAAGCAGCAGCAAAGCCCCCAAGCCCCACAAGCUGACCAAGGAGCACCGCGAGCGGCCCCGCAAGGACUCCGAGAGCAAGGCCACGUCCAAGGGCGACAGCGACCGCGACGGAGGGGGAGGGGGUGGCGGGGGCGGAGGAAGCAGCGGCAGCAGCAAGAGCGCCCGGGAGCCCUCCUCCUCGUCCUCCUCGUCCUCCAAGAAGCCCGCCGACGUCAAGGUCAAGGACGAGGGCAAGGUUGUGCCCAAGGCCGCCUUCAAGGAGCCCAAGCUCACCCUGAAGGAGGGCAUGUCGCCCAAGGGAGGGGGGAGCGGGGGAGGGGGGCCCCCCCCGCCGGAGUCCAAAGCCCCCGGGAAGCGGCCCUCCACGGUGGAGUCCCCCAAGCCCAGCACCAAGAAGCCCAAGAAGGGCAGCUCCGAGGGGCCCAAGGGGGCCCCACCUCGGGUCUCCUCCUCGUCGGUGGCCGCUGCCCCCUAUUCGGAGAAGAAGCCCCGCAAGGAGAAGGGCCGCUGGCCCAAGAACAAGGCCGACUCCCAGGAGCCCAAGGAGCCCAAGAAACCGCCCGAGUCGGACGAGUCGAACUCGGAGGACGAAGCCUCGUCUAAAUCAGAGCAGUCGGCCCCCUCCAGCCCCUCUAAUUCCAGCUCCAGCUCGGACUCCAGCUCGGACUCGGACUUUGAGCCGGGCCAGAAGCAAGGCCAAGGGCCCCUGAGGUCCAUGGUGGAGGACCUGCAGUCGGAGGAGUCGGACGAUGACGACAGCAGCUCGGAGGACGGCACGCCCGUCAAGACAAACCCGCCCAAUCGCGACUCUCGGCUCAGUCUGGACAGUGAGAGCGACAGCAGCGACGGCUCUCACCGGCCCAGUCGAGACCCCGCUACCGCCCCGCCCAAACACAGCUCCUCCAAUAACAAGGUGUCGGGCAGAAAGAGUCCAGACAUCUGUCGCCCGGAGAAGGUGUUGAAGAAGGGAUACGACAAGGUAGGAAGGGCCUACACAGAGGAGCUGGUGGACCUCCACCGCAGGCUGAUGGCUUUGAGAGAGCGCAACGUCCUGCAGCAGAUCGUCAACCUGAUCGAGGAGACGGGCCACUUCAACGUCACCAACACCACCUUCGACUUCGACCUGUUCUCCCUGGACGAGUCGACCGUUCGCAAACUACAGAGCUACCUGGAGGCCACGGCCACGUGACGGCUGGGCGGGGCCGGGCCGGGGGGGCUCCACGGCCCCCCCGACCCCCCGCCACCACCCCCCCCCUCCCCCCACCAGACUGGGCUGGACCAGAGAGCAGCCACACGUGCACAUUCACGCGCUCACACCAGACUGUACUGAACCAGAGAGCUACCGCACGCACGCACACACGCACACACACCAAACCUGACAGGCGAUGUGGAAGAACAGGCGAAACUGAAGAGACACCACACACACACACACACACUCUGACACACCAAAUCAGAGCAGGCGCUGUGGAGGACCAAGCGAAGAGGAGGAAGGGAAGGACUGGAUUAAAGAAAUAGCAAUGCAGAGUGGCAUGAGAGCAGCUGUUCCUUUGCCUGGACUGUACUGUACUCUGCUGUACUGUACUAGACUGGGCUGUACUAGACUGUACUGUACUAGGCUAGACUGUACCACGCUGGGCUGAGAGGACAUGCUUGGGAGCUGGUGUGUCUAGUCUGCCUGGGGAUGUAUUCUAUAUGUUUCUGGUUUUGAGCCUGUCUGUAGAACUGUGGAAUGUGACCGCUCUCCUCCCCCCCCCCCCCCGCUCUCCUCCCCCCUCCCCCCCCCCCCCCCUGCUCC